GGCUAUAGAUAGAUGCAAUUUUACAUCUGGUUCUUUUUUCAAAAUAUCUGGAUCGAUUGACAAAGCGUUGUUUAAUCCAUUGCCACAAAUAUAGUUGAGCGUAGAACUGCAAACGGAACUUGCGAUAUCCAGUACCUAUGAUUGCAUUAAUCAGCAACUCCGUAUAAAAUACGAGAAGACUACUUACUAGGCCAUUAGGAAUAGGAUUAUCAAAAGCGCAAUCAUCUAAUCCACGCAGUUGUAUCCAAUAGGCACCAGGUGUUUGAUUAGUAUUAAUGACAAAGUCGUAUCGUUCUCCUGUGAAAUUUGUUCGAAAGGAAAAUUAAAUGAAUAGAAUGACAAUUUUAUUAAUAAUAUUACUUUGCAUUUUUAUUAAUAUCGUACCAGCCAGAGAAACUAUAGAAUCAACAACGACAGGUUGCAUAGGUUGACCAUCGGAAGUAAUAACGGUAAGACUAUGGCCUUCGAUAGUCAAUUGUGUAGGGCAAACGGUACAGAAGGAGUUAAUUAAACGAAAACGAUAACGUUGAUUAGCAUCUACGGUGAUUACUUCAAAGGGAAUGUUUGAGGUAGCGCUACUGGGAUCCUGGGACGGACAAAAUUAAGAAACUAAUUUAAUAUAUGGUAUUUAAUACGUAACGUCUUUAAAAUGUAAAUACUUUGAAAUCUAUUGAGAUAUGUAUAAUUUUAUGUGCUAGACCAGGUUAGCUGCAUAGUAGUGAUACUUGUAUGUGAAUAUCAGUAUGUGGAAGUAUGUGUGUGCGCGGCGUCUCGAAAACAAAGGAAUGUGAACUGUUCAGUUAACAGUCUGGUAUAGAAGAAGGUGAGACGCGUGCAAGUGUGUAUCGAUGAAUAUCUUUGAAAUCGUUUGUCAAAUAAAUAUAUAACUAUUCUAAUAUAAAUUCUAAGUGUAAAUUUAAUGUUCCUAUACCAUUAGAUCGGCUAUUAAAACCCAAAAUUCUCAACAAAAUCAUGAUAAAAAGGCUCGGUUCCGAGUAUAGCGGGCGGUAAUGAAGCUGAAGACGGUAAAUAUCCUUACCAAGCGUCAAUCAGAAUUAGAGGUUCACACGUAUGUGGAGCAUCAAUUAUUAACCCUUAUGUCAUCCUUACCGCUGCACGCUGUAUUUAUAAGAAAGUACCAUCACAAAUGACGGUUGUUGUUGGAACCAAUUAUUUAUCACAACAUGGUAUUGUUCACUCAGUCAACAAAUUGAUUUGGCAUGAAUUUUACGACGAAUACUUAGCCCAUAAUGAUAUCGGCUUAAUACUCGUAAAUGGAUACAUUAAAUAUAACGACAAAAUUCAGCCGAUUCCACUUGCAAGGGUAUAUUACGUACCUCAAGAAGCAAACGCUGUGGUAACCGGUUGGGGAAAAUUUAACAGUGGAUCAGGCGGCAUGUCUAACGUGUUGCAAGCGCUAAAUGUAACUGUAGUGUCGCAGGAAGUAUGCCAAGUGUACGAUUGGAUGGCAACAAAAAAUAAUAUAUGCACGAGUGCAAGACGAAAUCAAGAAGCUUGCUCCGGUGAUCCUGGUAGUCCUUUGGUUUUUAAUGGUAUACAAGUGGGAAUCGUUUCUUAUGGUCGAUCAUGUGACUAUCUCAGCGUGUACACCAGAGUGUUUCCUUACGAACAGUGGAUAAAUAAUAUUACAAGUAAUCACCAUGGUAUAGGAUCUCAAGUAAAUUCAAAUAUGUGGUCUAUAUUGGUGCCUGCAAUAUCAAUAAUCGUCUUCUCUUUACAAUAGUAAAGAGUUUUGUCGUAAGAGUAUUAAGAUUUUUAUUAACUUUAAAUUAGAAUAAUCAGUAGAUACCUAGUAAGUUGAAAAAUAAAGAUGGAAGGAAGAUAGUUGAUAUACGAAUUGACGAUAUAAAUUAUAACUGACGUAAGUUGUAUAAUAUCAUAAAAAUACAUAUUUUUUCGACCAUCCACAAA